UCUCGCCAAUUCCAUUUUCAAGUUUUCCAUCAUUUCAAUACCUCCAUCCAAAUUUUCCAUUCCGCACCAAACACCUCCUUCAAUUUCACAGUGUACAGGGUUUCUAAUUUUAUAAGGAAGGAAGGAAAGUAAAAGGAAAGGAAAGGUUUCGUUUCCGUUUACUAAUUUGUUUCAACUCAAACAAACUGCAGUCAAACUGCGCGUGUGAGCUAGUAGGACCCACCACAGUCUACAGAUCGUCGUAACUUAGCCGCUAAAUUGGCAGUUGCCAUUCACCAACCGAACCGGGCCUAUGAUUAUCAACGUGAAGGAGUCAACGCUGGUGCAGCCGGCGGAGGAAACACCACGGCUCGGAUUGUGGAACGCGAAUGUCGACCUUGUGGUGCCGAGAUUCCACACACCGAGCGUCUAUUUCUACACACCGACUGGUGCUCCCAACUUCUUCGAUCCAAAUGUGGUCAAGGAGGCUCUCAGUAAGGCCCUCGUGCCGUUUUAUCCAAUGGCUGGACGGUUGCGGAGAGACGACGAUGGUCGUAUUGAGAUUGAUUGCAAUGCUGAGGGUGUGUUAUUUGUCGUGGCGGAGACGAGCACGGUGAUCGAUGACUUUGGCGAUUUCGCUCCAACUUUGGAGCUCAAGAAGCUUAUUCCAACCGUAGAUUACUCCGGCGGGAUAUCUACUUAUCCGCUCUUAGUUUUGCAGUUGACAUACUUCAAAUGUGGCGGAGUAUCCCUUGGUGUUGGUAUGCAACACCAUGUGGCUGAUGGAUUUUCUGGUCUUCACUUCGUGAAUACAUGGUCAGAUUGUGCUCGCGGUCUUGACAUUACUGUUCCCCCAUUCAUUAACCGCAUCCUCCUCCGUGCCAGAGACCCACCUCAGCCUGCAUUCCACCACAUUGAGUACCAGCCUCCUCCAGCCAUGAAGAUUCCUGCAGAAAACUUGAAACCAGAUGGCACAACAGUCUCCAUUUUCAAGUUGACAAGGGAUCAGCUGAACACACUCAAAUCCAAGGCAAAGGAAGAUGGAAACACUGUAAGUUACAGCUCCUACGAGAUGUUGGCAGGUCAUGUAUGGAGAUCUGCUUGCAGGGCUCGUGGACUUGCAGAUGAUCAAGAAUCCAAGUUAUACAUAGCAACUGAUGGACGGUCCAGAUUGCGCCCGCCGCUUCCACCUGGUUACUUUGGUAAUGUGAUCUUUACAGCAACACCAAUUGCUGCAGCAGGUGACCUGCAAUCAAAGCCAACCUGGUAUGCUGCAGGCAGGAUUCAUGAUGCAUUGGUUCGCAUGGACAAUGAUUAUUUAAGGUCAGCCCUUGAUUACCUUGAGCUUCAGCCUGAUUUAUCAGCUCUUGUUCGUGGAGCCCAUACGUUUAAGUGCCCAAAUCUUGGGAUCACCAGCUGGGUUAGGCUGCCCAUCCAUGAUGCAGAUUUUGGGUGGGGCAGACCCAUAUUUAUGGGCCCUGGUGGGAUUCCUUACGAGGGUCUUUCCUUCAUCUUGCCAAGUCCAACAAAUGAUGGGAGCUUAUCAGUAGCCAUUGCAUUGCAAUCAGAACACAUGAAACUCUUUGAGAAGUUCAUCUACGAAAUCUAAGAAAUUGAACCGCUGGUAGAAAUUCAAAAUCCAAGGCAAUUUCACAUGGUAUCAGAAUUUUUUUUUACUUCUUUGUUUCAUUUCCUUGGUGCUUUCUGAUCUUCAGGCCUUCCCACACAUGGUUACUGUAAGGACUUUACAGAUAAAAUGUCCCAUUGAGGGGCUCGUGUUGUACACUUGUCGACUGUAGCACAUAUGUGGACUUUUGGGAAGAAAAAAGGACAUUGUAUGCCAAAUUUAAUAAGAGUAAUAUUGUUGAUCUGAUAAAUA